AUGAAAAUAGGUUUUCUUUCCGAAGAAAAGUUUACUCAUACAAGUCGUGCCCUAGAUCACGGCUCCAUACAUGACAAUGACAGAGAAUCAGGUCUGUUUGUAACUUCGAUUGAUGCGAUGACUAUCAUGUGUGUAUGGCUGUUCAGAUUCAAACAUUGUACAUUGCAAUUGAGUUUCAAAAAGAAUAAUAAAUCUAGAAUGGAAAUUGAUCCUAAUGCACAAUUUACGAACACGAGUCAACGUCUCGACCCAUCACGUUGUGUGGAUUUGAUUGUACUUGGUAUAAAUUAUCGAUCGAAUGAAGAUGAUGUCAGAAAUUAUUUUCAACAAUUUGGAGAACUUGUCUUUUGUGAAAUUAAACGUGAUGCUCAAGGACAAUCGCGUGGAUUUGGUUUUGUUCGUUUUAAAGAUUAUGAAUCACAAUUAAAUGCAUUAAAUAAACGUCAUCAUAUUGAUGGACGCACAUGUGACUUGAAAAUUCCAGAUUCAAAGAAUCCUGGUAUGCAUGAACCUGAAUGUGCACGGAAAGUGUUUGUAGCACGCCUUCCAGAAAUUGUUACUGCUGAUGAUCUCAAUCAGUAUUUCAAACGAUUCGGAGAAGUGACUGAUGUGUAUAUUCCUCGUCCAUCAAGAAGUUUUGCUUUUGUUACUUUUCUUGAAUCAUCUAUUGUUCCAUCUCUGUACGGUGAUCAUUUCAUCAAUGGAUGCAGUGUACACGUUGGACCCGCGGAACCGAAAGGAAAACCGAGUGACAGCCAGUUUAAACGUUCUAAACCAGAUCGUAAUUUUCAUAAUGUUCGCUCGAUACCACCUGGAAAUCCUCACCAUUACUCAUCCUACUCUCAAUACGGCGCAGGCAAUACUAUGAUGCCCCAUGGUGGCAAUGGUGGCGGUGCUGCUGCUUCGAACAAUCCUGAUCAGCAGCAAUUACUCUUGCAGCAAAUGUUAAAUCCGAAUAUGAUGCAAGCAUUCAUUCAAGCCUUUCAACAGCAACAACAGCAGCAGCAACAACAACAACAACAACAACAGCAACAACAAGCAAAUAAAUAUGAUGCGAAUAAUUGGGCGACUGGUAUUAAUGAACAAGCAGCGAAUGCAUAUAGUCAUCAUCAUUAUCAGAAUGGUCCGACGGCGACUGGGAAAUUCAAUGAAUUUAAUAAUGAUCCAUGGGGCCCACAACAUCAUACAUAUCGAUGA